GAACACAACAGCAUCUGUUUCAUAAGGAAAGGACAACGCUAUCUUUGGGAAAAUGAGGGAGUGCAUUUCCAUCCAUAUUGGCCAAGCAGGAGUCCAAAUGGGGAAUGCAUGCUGGGAGUUGUAUUGCCUAGAACAUGGUUUUCAGCCGGAUGGGACCAUUUAUGAGUCUGCGUCUUCUUGCUUGACUGACUCAUCGUUUGGCACCUUCUUCAGUGAAACUGGGGCUGGGAAAUAUGUUCCCAGGGCUGCCUUCAUAGAUCUGGAGCCUACAGUUGUGGAUGAGAUCAGGAAUGGCCCCUACCGUCAAUUGUAUCAUCCUGAGCAACUAAUCAGUGGCAAGGAGGAUGCCGCCAAUAACUAUGCUCGUGGCCAUUACACCAUUGGCAAGGAGAUUGUGGAGUCUGUCAUGGAAAGGUUGCGUAAAAUGUCUGACCAGUGCUCUGGACUACAAGGAUUCCUCAUCUUUCGCAGCUUUGGAGGAGGGACUGGCUCUGGCUUUGCUUCCUUGUUGAUGGAACGCCUGUCAGUGGAUUAUGGAAAGAAGUCCAAACUUGAGUUCUCAAUCUACCCUGCUCCUCAGGUGUCCACAGCAGUGGUGGAGCCGUACAACUCCAUCCUGACCACCCACACCACCUUGGAGCACUCGGACUGUGCUUUUAUGGUAGACAACGAGGCCAUCUUUGACCUCUGCAAGCGCAACCUGGGAGUGGAGCGACCAUCUUAUACUAACCUAAACCGCCUCAUUGCCCAGGUAGUUUCCUCCAUCACUGCUUCCCUGCGCUUUGAUGGCGCUCUCAAUGUGGACCUGACAGAGUUCCAGACUAACCUGGUACCUUACCCUCGCAUUCAUUUCCCUUUAGUCACCUAUUCCCCCAUCAUCUCAGUAGAAAAGGCCUAUCAUGAGCAGCUUUCGGUUCCUGAGAUUACAAAUUCUUGUUUUGAGCCGGUCAACCAAAUGGUAAAGUGUGAUCCCAGAUGUGGCAAAUACAUGGCCUGUUGCUUGCUAUACCGUGGCGAUGUAGUUCCCAAAGAUGUCAAUGCAGCCAUCGCCAGCAUCAAGACUCGGCGCAGCAUCCAGUUUGUGGACUGGUGUCCCACUGGGUUCAAGGUAGGAAUUAACUACCAGCCACCUACAGUUGUUCCUGGAGGAGACCUGGCCAAGGUCCAGAGGGCUGUGUGCAUGCUGAGCAACACAACAGCCAUUGCUGAGGCUUGGAGUCGUUUGGAUCACAAGUUUGACCUGAUGUAUGCUAAGCGGGCAUUUGUGCACUGGUAUGUGGGUGAGGGCAUGGAGGAAGGAGAGUUCUCUGAGGCCAGAGAGGACAUGGCUGCCCUAGAAAAGGACUAUGAGGAGGUUGGUGCAGACUCUGGAGAUGCUAGUGAGGAUGAAUAUUGAAACUGUUAAUGCUUUUGUGUAAAUUAGUUUUGUCAACAGCUUCCAAUAAAGUCUUGUGUAUUGUUCA